CUCCCCUCGCCCCUCCCCACCCCCAUCCCACAAACGCACAAAACCAUCAUCGUCAUCUUUUCCUCCCCGUCCCCGCUCAGGAGGAAACUCGAAAUUUGCCUCGAAACCCGCAAAGUCGAAGCUCCUCUCGCAGGGCACGAUCCGCUCGGAGUUCGUACGUUCUGACUCAAAUUCUCGUUCGGGUUCUGGGGGACGGAGUCGUGAGGUUGGAAGGAGCAGAGACAGGGACGCCCGAAAGGCGGGGGACGGCGAGGAAAGGGAUCGAAGAGGAGAUAGACUUACGGCGAGGGCUGACGAGGGCGUGAGCGAAGGGGAUAGUAGGGACAGAGACAGGCAACGUACCAGACGAGCCAAGCCUUCAAAAUGGCAAAAAGAAGCCGAGGGGAGCGGAUUAUGGUCUUAUUCGAAGGACAAGAACGCGCGUAGGGCUGCGAACGAUGACUAUGGGUCGUCUGCAGAGCACUCAGGAUCAGGCUCAGGAUCAGGAGCAGGCUCAGGCUCAGGAUCAAAGGGCCUAACACCACUAACAACUUCAAGCACCGUCACAUUCACCUCUUCCUCCCCCUCUGUUCCUUACAACGAAGAGCACGUCAGGUUAUAUCCCGAGUCUCGGUCUAUACAAGAUGAAUUCGAUUUCUCAGCACCGGCACCCUCUUCCAACUCUACCUCCUCCUCAAAAACCACCACUUCCACCUCGAGCACGACAACUGCGGCAAAAGAGACAGACCUCCUAACAACCUUCGCCUCACCCCCACUCAUGCCCGGCCUCGUCGAUUCGCUUAAAGAUGUUCUCGGCGCGCGCGCGAAGCCGACGGCUAUACAGGCGCUUGCGAUGCGGUGGUUAUUGAAGCCUUUUUCUGAGCCCGCGGAGUCUACCUUCACCGCCAACUUGGACGCGGAGUCGACGAGCGAAGUGAAUGGAGAGGUAGAGGCAGAACCAGGGAACGAGGCAGAGGCAGAGGCAACAGAGAACACGCAGGGAUACCGCCAAUUCCUACUCGCAUCCGAAACAGGCUCUGGAAAAUCAAUAGCCUAUUUCCUCCCCCUCCUCCAAUCGCUCAAACAAUCCGAACUUUCUUCCUCUUCAUCCACCCAGCUCCCUCAUGAUUCACGCCGCCCACCAGCCCCGCUCAACCCCCGCGCCCUCAUCCUCGCCCCGACACACGAGCUCUCCCGCCAGCUCGCGAGUUUCGGGAAAGGAUUGAUCCAUAAUAUUAAAUUGAGAGUGAUGAGCGCGAGCCGGGCGAACGUGCCUAAUGACGGGCGUUCGUCUUCCUCCUCCCACUCCUCCUCUCAGUCCUCCGAGCUCAGCAUGAGGGCAGGAACGGGAGGAAGGAAUAUGUCGGCUUCACGAAUGGCCAAAGCAUGGGACGGAGAGAACGAAGAAGGUGAAUUCGAAGUGAACGGGAGUUCUGUGCGCGGAAAGGGAAGGGACGUGGACGUGCUCGUGGGGACGCCGAAGAGGUUAUUGGAGAUGGUGAUGGGGCAUGGGUGGGAUCGGGAGGCGAGGAGGAAUGCGGAGGCUGCAACUGCGGAGAGGGGAGGGAGGAAGUGGGUCGUGGGGCCGAGGGAGGUUGGGUUGGAGGGGGUGGAGUGGGUGGUUGUGGAUGAGGCGGAUACGUUGCUUGACUCGGACUUCAAACAAGAGACUACCCGUCUACUUUCCGAAAUCGCAGCCGCACGGGGAUACACCGUCCCUCCCUCCCCUCCAGCCUCCACCACCACCACCACCACCACUUCCACACCCUCUUCCACCCUCCCCCACGCCUACCCCUUCAACUUCAUCCUCACCUCCGCCACCAUCCCCACCUCCCUCUCCACCUACCUCUCCACCUAUCACCCCACCCUCACCCGCCUCGCCUCUCCCCGUCUACACCGUUUCCCGACCAACCUCCGCAUCGAACAUCACCCAUACACGACCGGAAACCCCUACGCCGACAUCGAACGCAAGAUCAAGUUCAUCUGGGCACAACAAGCCCUCGAGGGGUCCGGUGCCAGCGUCAACGGGGGAACGAAGGGCAAGAAGACGAAGAUGGUGAUAUUUAGGCAGAAGAAGACGCAGGCGGUGGAGCUGGGGAAGUUUUUGAGGGAGAGGGGGUUCAAGGUCGUUGUCGUCACGGGUGGAGGGGGAAACGUGAGCGUCGAGGAUGCGGGGAGGGCGUAUGGUUCCAAUCGGCAUAUUCAGCCCUUCUUAAACCCUGCGCGCUCUUCUUCCUCCUCCUCUUCCUCUCGCGCUCCUGAACCGGCGAGGAAGGAAAAGGAGGAAAAUGAGGAUGAGCCAAGAAUAUUGAUCAGCACCUCGCUCCUCGCCCGCGGCCUCGAUUUCGCACCGGAAGUGACGCACGUACUCAUGGUCGACCCGACGCGGAACACGGCGGACUUUUUGCAUAGGGCGGGGAGGACGGCGAGGGCGGGACGGGAGGGGACUGUUGUGCUUUUUGCGAAGGAGGGGAGGGGGAGCGAGAGGGGGAGGGAGUUGAGGAAGAGGGUGGAGGAGUUGAGGAAGAGGAAGUGAGCGUGCGCGGCGAAGAGGCGACAUUUGCGCGUCGGGAUAAUUUAUCUUUGUAGGCAUACAUCAAUUGCAUCAC